AUGCUGGAGAUCUACAGCCACCUGGUAUCUGUGGGGUGUUCAGAUUUAAAACUAGACAUAAUGUCCAAGUUGGAACAUGGAAAGGACCCAUGGAUUAUAGAGAGUGAGUUGUCAAGGUGGACCUAUUCAGGUAAAGAAAAGAGCUCUGAUUCUUGUCAGCAGAUCAUUUCUGGGGAACUUUCAGUUCAAAUGGAGAUACUGGAAAGAGCCCCAAAGGAUAAUUCAUUGUACUCUGUCUUUAAAGUCUGGUAUAUUGAUGGUCAGCUAGAUAGAUAA